AUGUUCCAGGGAUCAAAAGUAGAAGCAAUAAUCUUCAAUGCUGAUAUUCCUAAAAUGAGUCCGCUCUUACGUGUUUACAAAAAAUACAAGAUCACGAAUGCUGAAGUGAAACCUAUCCCAGCAAAAUUUCAGACAACUGAGCUCACUAUCCAAUGGGUGAUCAGCACUAAAACUGUCAUUCAAGAAAUAAAUGAUGAUGCCAAUGAAAUCAUGCCUGUGAAGUUUAACUAUACAAAAUUUACUGAUUUGGUGCAUCACAUGGAUGACAGGAAUAAAUCAGUUGAUGUGCUAGGUGUUGUGAUUGCUGCAUUAGACAGGAAGACAUUGAAUAGAAACACAAAAGAAUCAAAUGUUCAAAAGUUUGUCCUUCUUGAUGAAGAAUGUCAAACACUAUUUCUAUCUUUAUGGGAUGACUUUCUUACUAAUGAAGGACAACAGCUACUGUCUAACCUCCACAGCUAUCCUGUCAUUAUUGCGCGUCGAAUUAAAGUCAAGAAUUACAAUGAUGUUGCAUUAGGCACUUGGUUUGAUUCUGUCAUACUUGUUGAUCCGCCUAUACAGGAAGCACUUAGAAAUUCUAAAAUGAUUGCAGAUGUUCUUGAUAAAAGAGACUACAUGAAGUAUAAUCUUGCAAUUUCUCUCAGAGUUGAUCAGAAAGCUACCUUAAUUUGCAAUGUUAACCCAUCACAGAAGAUAACUUGGGUGAGAGCUCGCUUCUACUUUGAACACAUAUUCCAAAAAUACUGGUAUAUGAGUUGUAAGAAUUGCUAUCGAGCCACAGCAGCAGAUUAUAAAGUUGAAUUUACUUGCAACUCGUGCAAGGAGAAGCAACUAGCUGUACCAAGAUGUUGCUUUGAUGUUGAUUUAGUUGAUGACAGUGGAGCUAUACCAGCUUCCAUAUUUGGAGAACUAGCUGAGAAGCUUUUAACAUUCACCUCCAUUGAAGCAACGCAGCAUUUUAAUGAGAAUGUUGAGCUCCCUCUUGACCUUGUUCAUGAACAACUGAAAUCAAAGACUUUUCUGAUUCAUAUAAAACCAGUCCAAGCACAGCUAGCAGACGCUAGGCAACGUUACACAGUUAUAUAUUACUAUGAAGUUGAUCAUGCUACCAGUUCAGCUCAGGUAGUAAGUGAGACAAAAAAUGAUUUGCCACUGCUUAAUGACCAGUCCCCAACGCUGGAACUAGCUGAUACAGAGCAAAAUCUUGCACCUUCAAAGACUCGCAUGCGCCUUUCUGAAAAAUUUGAUGAAUUAGACAAGCUCAACGCAGGCAACUCUCCAGAUGAACCCACCAGCUCUACCAAGAAAUCAAAACUAACCUAG